AUGUCGACUCGUUCUGGUACUGUUCUCCGUUCGACACGUUCUCAGACUCGUCUUCAACUCAAAGCCAACCUCUCAACUAUCCAAAGAGGAAAUUCUUCUAUAUCUGGAUACGUUACAAAAAUUAAGGAAAUUGCUGACGCUAUCGAGUCUUCCCAUGAACCUGUUUCUGAUCUUGAACUUGUCUCCAUUACACUUCGUGGUUUGGGUGAUGGCUGGAUCGACAUAUAUUCUAAAAUCCGUCAUCGGUCUACUCCAACUUUUUCUCAGUUGCAUGCAUUACUUCUCCAGAGUAACUCAUCGUCUAAUAUCCAAAAUCCUAGCUCCUCUUUGUCUGAUUCUUCAGACUGCAACAGUGGUAUUGUUUCGGGAUUUGCUUGUUGUGAGAAUGAUGAUGAGGCAAAGAUGCUCCGAAUCGGAUCUGCACGUCUAGUCAAACCCAAGAUUAUCAGCUGGGCACCACGAAUCAUUGUCCUGCAAAAUUUCUUAACUUCCGAGGAAUGCGAUUAUUUUAUAGCAAUUGUCAGACCUCGCCUCCAGCCUUAUAAGGUACAGGGCGCAAAGAUAGGCGAGGCCAUUCCAAGUGCGCACAGGACAAGUUUUGGUACGACUUUAAGCAAGGAAGACAGUAAGAAUCCUAUUGUGCAGGCAAUUGAAAAACGAAUUUCAGUAUUCUCUGAAGUACCAGUAGAAAAUGGAGAGCCUAUGCAUGUUUUGAGGUAUGAAAAAAAUCAGUACUACAGGCUACAUCGCGACUACUUUCCCGAUACUUUUAACUUGAAGCAAACAGGAGGUCAGCGAACAGCUACAAUGGUCAUGUAUUUGAAUGACAAUGUAAAAGGAGGAGAGACUUAUUUCCCCAUGGAGAGUUCACAGCGAAGAUAACUUGCACUUCUAGUAUAUAUAUAACGUGCAGUUUAUUCUUUGAUCAGCGUGUUAAUUGCAAAAUAUUUCAGGCCGGCACAGGGAAAUGUAGUUGUGCAGGAAAAAUGUUGAAGGGGUCGUCUGUAAAACCCGUUAAAGGAGAUGCAGUUCUUUUCUGGAACAUGGGACCUGAUGGAAAGGAAGAUCCAAAUAGUUUACAUGCAGGAUGUGAUGUCUUAUCAGAAGAGAAAUGGUCUGCUACGAAAUGGAUGAGGCAAAAUAAAUACAGCUAAUAUCUCUCCAACUGCCGCUAAUUCAAAACCUCUUGGGAACAUCUUUUAUAUGCACAUCUAAUCUUGAUUAGAAUGGUCUAAAAAAUUGCUAUCUCCGAAAUUAAGAAAAAAUUAAAGGAAGAAGUUUGAGAUUGAAUGAAUGCAAUGCUACCUCCUCCCCCUUUUUUUUUGUAAUAAGGAAAUUCAUUGAAGAGGGAGUUUUCCCACAAAAUAGGUGAGUUUAAAGGUCGAACAAACUUUGCUAGAAUGUCUGCUAUCCUAUUUCCUUGUCUUGGGACGAAACAAAAACCUAAAAAGUAUUUACAUAAUUGAGCCAGUCUUUUUGCUUCA